AGUAGAAGUGGAAUAUCAGGCAGAAAAGGGGGGGGACUUGUUGCACGAAGAUGGACUUGAACAGACUCAACUAUCUUUCUGAGAGCCACACCUCGGCUUCCUUAAAAGGGUUUGCAUAUAUGUUUUUUUUCAUACGGUAUCGUGAUCUUCUUGGCAGCAGCCGUACGUGGUGCUAGAGGUGACUGAGGACAGCACCGACAACUCAUCUCAAGAGCAGCUGCCGGAAAGAGUCCUGGAGUUUGCUGCCUGUUUCUUGGAUGCAUCCUGCAGCAAACCUUCAGUUCCUUGAAGAAAAAAAAAGGAAGCUUUUGCACAAGUAUCUCUUGGGACACGCUGAGCAGAGCGACAACAUGGCCUCUGAUCUGAGGAGGUGAAUCCCCUGAACGCUGGGAGCCUCGAGCUGAACUGAAUCUGACCUGAUGGGGUGUGACAACACUAAAAAGACUGCGCUCGGUUCAAUGAAGCGGCGCCUCCUCCUCUCCUUUCUCUGCGUUUUAUCGCUGUCCCUUUUCAGCGGAUGGUCGCCAGCCUUCCAGGCUCUGAUGACGGCGAAUCCUUCGGCUUUCAGUGACAGCGGCAGAAACGUGACGGUCCUGCUGUGGUACUGGCCCUUCAGCAGGUCCAUGAGCCUGAAGGGAGACGUGUGCUGGGAUCUCUACCGCAUCCCUCGCUGUAACCUGGUGGACCAGCGCUCCCUGUUCCCCUCGGCUGAUGUGGUGGUCUUCCACAACAGGGAGCUGGUAGAGCGGCGCCAGAAGCUGCCCCUCGAUCGCCCGCGUCCACGGGGCCAGAGGUGGGCUUGGAUGUCCCUGGAGGCCCCUGCUUACAACGGGAACCUGCAUCGGUUUACAGACGUCUUCAACAUGACCAUCACCUACAGGAGGGAUGCUGAUGUCCCUGUUCCCUACGGCAGUCUGCUACCUAAGGAGGCUGAAGGACGUCUGGUGGAAGACGAUCCCCAGAAUAAGACCUCUCUGGUCUGCUGGGUGGUCAGCAACUACAGGAGCCACCACAAAAGAAGCCGAGUGUUCAAAGAACUCAACGCCACGGUUCCCGUGAAGGUUUACGGGCGCUGGACAAAGACACCCCUCACCUCUGCGGCCCUCUUACCCACAAUCUCUCGCUGCUACUUUUAUCUGGCUUUCGAGAACUCAGUCGCCAAAGACUACAUCACGGAGAAGCUGUGGAGGAACGCUUACCAAGGCGGAGCCGUGCCUGUCGUCCUGGGAGCGUCGGCGAGCGAUUACAAAGCCGUGGCUCCACCUCAUUCGUUCAUCCACGUGGACGAGUUUGCGUCGGUGAAAGAAAUGGGAAAGUAUCUGCAAGAGCUCGCGGAGGACAAGAAACGCUACGCCGAGUAUUUUACGUGGAAGCAACAGUGGAAAGUGAAAGUGUACACCGACUGGAGGGAAAGACUGUGUAAGAUCUGCUCACAGUUCAGCAGUUUACCUCAGCACAAGGUUUACUCAGACCUGGAGGCCUGGUUCAGCGCUAAGAACCCUUCAGCCUAAAUGUUUGCAGUUGAUGGUGACAGUGACGUUAACUUUACUGUAUCUUUGACGUAUUUGCAGGAACCAUCACCGCAUCUUCUGCAUUACAUCUAAUUUGUGUGUCUUGUCUCUUUGUGCCUCGUUAAGCAUUUAGUUACUGUGCAGAUAAAAUACAUUUUUAGUAAUAUUGAAGAAAGGAAGGUGAAAGCACAUAUUCUCACGUCCCUAUUCCAUUGACUUUAUGAUGAUGUGUAUACAUGCACACAGCAACACGACUAACCUCUUGUAACUACUUCAGAUGUGGACCAAGUGAUGUACUAUCUGUAGCACUUUAUAGCAACACCUGACCUCUGUCACUGGAAAUUCAGUAUUUUGGGAAAUAUACCUUCUUGCUUAGAGUGAAAUGCAAAAGGUGAAGCCACUCUCAUGUGUGCAUUGUAAACAGCAGCCGUUUGACUUGACUUAGCACAGACUGGAAAUGCUACUGCAGCCUGAUUCUGUCAGAAACUAUAAAGUACAUCUAGUUAAUCAGCUGGAGCAGCUUUAGAAAUGCUGGCAGGCAGUUUUUUUUUGUUGUGUCUUUUGGACAGAACCAGGUUUGUCUUGUAUUCAGUUAAAAUACAUCCACUAAAGGUUCUGUGUGUA